AUGUUGCUCACUAUUAAACAGCCAACACAUCAAGGCUAUAAGUCUUUCCAUGACUACACUCCACCUACCCCACCAUCCACCUCUCGUUUUUCGCCAGUCACUGCAUCGACGGGCUCAUUUCCUUCAUUUUCUUCAAGCAAUAAAUCUUUACCACUCCCCUCAGGAACUCAGAGCAUUACACAGCCAAUGUCCACACCGCACAGGGGACUGCCACCACCGGCAGCGAUGACACUGGCUCAAGCACCUCAACCACCAUCUUCAAUGAACCAAGCAAGUUUGAGCCAUGCUCCAUUGUCUCAGCCCAUGGGACAUUUACCUGCACCUCCUCAGCAAUGGCAAGGUGCAGAAGAGUCGAUGAGAGAAUGGCUACAUGCCAAAGCGGAAGAGGAGAAGCGGAGGCAAGAAGAAGAAAAAACGCGGCAGGAAUCACUACGGUUGGAGCAACGCAAGAUAGAACACGACAUGCUUAAGACCUGCUUGAAUAGCAAUAUUCCACCUCAUAUGGUUCCAAUGGUAUUUGCGGGAAUGGGUGGUGGAAACUCAGCCAACGCGAGCAUGGAAUGGGCUCAGCACUACAUGGCACAAGCGCAUCAAUCGCAGCAGCAACACCCGCAACAAGCACAAUUACUUCCCUCCCAGCAGACUUCGCCGGAGCAGUCCCAAAGACAUGAAGGCCGCGCCCAUUCACAAUCUUUUAGUGGGCAGCCCCAGUCCAUGACUCUUCCUUCCACGCCUAUAGGACCACCUGGAUCGCAGCAAACGGCAGGAUUUCAGCCAAGUUAUCAAUUAUCACCAAACUCACGGUCUCGACAAAUUGCUCAACCGCAAGCUACCACAAAUCGCGCACCUCCUACAUCUCAUCUUCCCAGGCUGAAUACCGGGGAGAUGCAUAUACAACAGCCACCGCAAGGGCUCGGUAUGCAGAUGGUUCCAGGGUCCAUAGGCCAUCCGUUACAACAAACACAAUCCGCACAGCAGCAAGAACCUCAAUCUUCGCCUUCAAUUUACUUCCAUCAUUGGCAGCCACCUACCUCACAAGCUGUUACCAGUAGCGGAAACCAGCCGACAACCCCUUCAGGCAAGCGUCAAUAGUGUCACCGUAUCAUUUUUGCUUAUCAACUAACGGGUGAUCCAGACCCGACCUCUUCUCCCAAAAAACGGAAGGUUACUGGUCCUCAACAGCCGGCACCACCCCCAACCUCACAGCCGCAGUAUACUUCUCCACCAUUUUCCCAGACGAGGUCCUCCACACCCUCAAGUCGACGACGAGGCCACUCCAGGCAGAGAAGUGACUUGUCCGCUAGGGGCCUGGAUUCAUAUGGACGCCCCUCUAGCCGCCAUCGUCACACAGAAGGCAGUUUCAGUACCCAGAGUAUGGCAUCAUCGCGGCCUACGAUGCCUGCCGAACAGGGACAGCUGACACAACCACGACGGCGUUCAGGUGGCUCAAAUCCAGUUUCUUCACUGCUAGAACAGAGUGAUUCGCGGCCGCAAUCACUGCAGUCGCAACAAAGCCACCAACGAGACCAAUAUUCCGCAUUGCCGGAGAUGAGGCACGACGAACGACACACGACACCCGAAAAUGAUAGUUCACGAAGACCGAAAGUUCUCAAGCGAGAUGGGAGAGAUUAG